GACCAAAUUAGUUUUUAUCAGAUGUACUAUAUGCCAAUUCCCACCUCAAAAAAUUAAAAAAUUUCAAGUUUUACCCACCAAGAUCCUUUAAAAAUUGAAUCUUUUCAUUCUUGAUCUCUCAAUUUUUUGCUAAAUUUAUCAAGAUUCAAUCUUUCUUAAAACCCCAUUGGAUAAAAAUGCAUGAUUUUUGCUUUACAAUCCCCUAUGGUUUGAUUCUUGUGUGUGGUGGAAUUAUAGGGUAUUCCAAGAAAGGAAGUUUAGCUUCCUUGGGUGGAGGUUUGGGUACUGGUUUUUUGCUCAUUUUAGCUGGUUACUUGAGUCUCCAAGCAUUUCACAAGCGCAAAAACUCUUACUUUGCUUUGUUUCUUGAAACAGGUUGUGCUGCUGUGUUAGCAUGGGUCAUGGGACAGCGGUACAUGCAAACUUCAAAGAUAAUGCCAGCUGGUGUUGUUGCGGGUAUCAGUGUGGUAAUGACUGGAUUUUACCUUUAUAAGAUUGCCAGUGGUGGAAACCAUUUCCCAUCUAAAACUGAGUAAUAGCAUUUCAUUAUAACCGCGGUUCCAGGUCCAGACUGUUUGUACUGAGAAGAGCUGGGACUCUUAUCGCGAAUUACUGUAUACGUUCACACUUACACACUUUUUAUCUUGUUUUUGAACUUAACAACAUUGUCUUAAUGAAUAGAAUUUGAGUUUGUGUUACCGUUCAUGUCAUUUCGUCUUUGAUUCAGUAUUUGAAUUUGCAGCUAUGGUGUAAUUUGUGGAUGUUGAAUGAAUUGCAAUGCUAUUA